AUGGUAUACCCAUCAGCUAUCACAAGCUUGAUUCACAACCCACAUUUACGCCUGCUCAAUGCUCUCCGAGCCAACACGAAGCCAAUCAUAAAAUUCUUGGGCCUUUCGUCUUUUCGAACAGCCCAAGUGGUAGCUCAAACCGGUAUUGAUCUUAGAUUCAACAGGGAACAGGGCAUUAUCAUCGAUUGUGAGCACGGCCAUAUCAGCGAUGAUUCCAUGCACAGUGCAACAGCUGCAAUUGCUGCUAUGGGAGUGUCGCCGCUUGUACGUCUCAGAAUGACUCACUCGGAUUUGGUUAAAAGAGCUUUGGAUGCUGGUGCACAUGGCAUCGUUGUUCCUCAAAUCAAUACCGCCGACGAAGCAAGAGCCGUUGUUGCUUGUUCCAAGUUUCCCCCGCAAGGAUUCCGUGGGCAAGGUUCGGCGUUUCCAGCUAUCACCCACGGCAUCGACAUUCCAACAUACCUGAAAUCCGCCAACGAAACGCUCAUUACCUGUCUUCAGAUCGAGUCGAAAGUCGGAGUUGAGAAUGUCGACGGGAUGUGUGCUGUACCUGGUGUUGACAUGCUCUUCAUUGGGCCCAAUGACCUGGCUCUAUCGGUUCUUGGAUACGUUCCUGCAAAGGGUGAUGAGCCUGAAUUUGUCGACGCCAUCGAAAGGAUUGUAGCGGCGGCGAGAAAACAUGGGAAAUGGGUUGGUCGAUUAUCAAACGAUGGCGCUACAAGCAAAGUCCAACUAGAGGUUUUUGAUACUGUGGCGAUGAGUUAUGAUAUUCGGGCGAUUCAAAACUGGUAUACAUCGGAGUUGCAAGUUGCACGCUCAUAA